AGUUCAUCUCAGGUGAUCGCAUCGACCAGAUCGACCUCAAAAAAAAUAAUCCGAUCACUUUCGAUCUCGAGCGCGGCGUGAUAUACAGGGCGUUGCGAACGGCGAUGGUAUAAUUCAUAGCAGGCGGUGACUUUUUUCCGAAACCAUGCGAACCGUCGUCGUUUUUUUGGCAGUGAUGGCUGCCGUUUGGGCCAAAGAAUGCCCCGCGAACAAAUCGAAUUCGAAAUUGUUUUGCUAUUUCAGCAAGUUGACGGAUAUUGACGGGUGUCGAUGUUCGUAUGUUAUUUUGCCUGCCGACGCGGAUGUCAAGUCAGUGGAGCGCGUGAGGGAGGUUUAUGAAGGGGUGAAGGUGUUGGUUACUGUCAACGAGUUCAACCAGGGUCUCAUCGAUAUCUUGAAAACCAGCAAAGUCGAUGGUUUGGAAAUCGAUCUGAAGAAACUGGACUCCAAGAACGACAUAUCCGAUUUCAUUUCGACCGUCAGGAGCAAACUCGGCUCCGACCUGUACUUGGCUCUGUCGGUGCCCGCCAGGGCCGAAACGUUGGCCAAGUACUACGACUUCAAAGGGCUCAGCAAGCAUGCCGACGUCUUCAUUCUACAGACGGCUUUCCUGGGUGCCUCGAAAAACGUCACUUUUCAUCCAAGUAGGCUGUCGGGACUUUGGGACACACAAAAUACGGAUUCCAUGGUAGACCUAGUGAGCGGUCUGGGCGCACCCUUAUCGAAGGUGGUGAUCUCAGCCCCCGUCCAGGCGUUCCACUUUACUCUUCAGAACGCGGAGUAUUCAGCGCCGGGCAGUCCCGCCCUGGAACUGAAGACCAUCACCAGGAGCGAGCUGUGCAAGGAGAUGAAGACUGGCUCCAACUGGACUCUGGAGAGGGAUCAGGAUCAGGCUGGUCCAUACAUAUUCCGUGGUAAGAACUGGAUCGCCUUCGAAGACUCCUCGAGCAUAGACGUGAAGGCAAAAUACUCGCGCGUGCGCGGCUUGGCCGGUCUGGCGCUGAAGGACGUUUCACAAGAUGGCGGCGACGAGUGCGGCGCGAGCGUGCUGGAGGCGGCGCACGACGGCCUGUCGAGGCAAGCGAGGGCGCCGAGGGGGGCGGUUUUGCACUCGCUGGAGAGGGAGUUGCAGGGGGCGGCAUCGUCAGGAGGGUUGGAGGGGGUCAGGCUGUCACCGUACAGGAUUUCGAGGGUGGUGGAUGUGGAGGGGCGGAUGCAUGUCGUGAGGCAGGACACCCGAACCGAAUUCUCGUGCUCCAGACAGGGCUUUUUCGCGCACCCUCGCUCCUGCAACCGUUUCUAUCGGUGCGUGCUAUUUGACCAAUCCAGCGACGAGUUCAGCGUCUUCGAAUUCGACUGUCCUGCAGGCUUGGCCUUUGACGAGCGCGUCGAAGUGUGCGUAUGGCCCGGCAGCCUGCCCGAGGGAAAGCCAUGCGCGGGCAGCAGCGAGAUAGCGCCCGUGCCUCGAUCGAGAUUCGUCUGCCCACACGAACCUGGCUACUACGCAGACCCUGAAAACUGCCGCUGGUUCUUCGCCUGCAUGGACCACGGAGAUGCUUCCCCUUCCGCCUACGAGUUCAGAUGCCCCUACGGUCUAGUAUUCGAUUCCGAUCGGCUGAUGUGCGAAUGGCCUUGGCUAGUACCUAGGUGUGCUAGUGGAAGCGGCCUUGGGAUCAACUUGGGACAAGAAUACGCUUAUGGUGGUACCGGCUACUCCUCAGCUAGUGCUCUGGACCAUUACAGUGGACUUGGUAGUCUCGGGGUAGUCAGACUUGGAGGACUCACUGGUGAAAUACAGCAACCAGUUAUUUACAGUAACGUUGGAGGUGGGGGUUAUCCUUCUGCUACGAUUGGUGGAUUGGGCAUCAAGGCUACCCAGUCUCUACAUAACGCUGGAUUGUUGAGGGGAACAGGCAUAUACGACAAUAAUAUCCAAUACUCUUCUGAUGCAGCACGUUCAAACUCAGCAGCGCACUACCUAGAUGCUUCGGCUCUCAAUCAACAAACUAUCGGAUCCUUGGGAUCCUCUCAACAUGGUGCUGGCUCUGGGAGCUACAGUUAUGCAUCGAAUUCUGGGCAGGGUGCUUCAUCUUUGAAUCAACAAUUGAUUGGAUCCAUUGGAUCUUCGGGAUCAUCUGAGCACGGUUCUGGAUCUGGAAGCUAUGCAUCGAAUUAUGGGCAGGAUGCUUCAUCUUUGAAUCAACAAUUGAUUGGAUCUAUUGGAUCUUCGGGAUCAUCUGAGCAUGGUUCUGGAUCUGGAAGCUACAGUUAUGCAUCGACUUCUGGGCAGGGUGCUUCGUCUUUGAAUCAACAAUUGAUUGGAUCUUCGGGAUCAUCUGAGCAUGGUUCUGGAUCUGGAAGCUACAGUUAUGCAUCGAAUUAUGGGCAGGAUGCUUCAUCAUUGAAUCAACAAUUGGGUUCAAGCGGUUCUGGAUCUUCUCAGUUUGACGGUUCUGUUGGUGGUGGCCAUAUUUCUGAUACGAUUCUGCGACUAGGAGAUGGAAAUUCGUUUGGGGUGAAAACAAUACAAAAUCUCCUGGAUAACAACAAGGGGUCUCAGAGCGUGAGUGGUGUUGCAAGCUCUGGAUCAUCUGAUUAUCAAGGAACUAGGAAUGGUGAAUCUGGAAGUUACAUUGAACAUUCUAACUUGGGAUUUGAUGCUUCGGAUUCAUUUGGUUUGAGAAACUCACAAGAUGUGUUGAAUAGUAAUAAUGAAGGUGGUUCUUAUAAUGGAGUUGGAUCAUCUCAAUAUGAAGGUUCCAGUAUUGGAGGAUCUAGAAUAAGUACCAUUGCAAAUUCAAACUUGGGAUUGUAUGCUUCGAGUUCUUUAGACUCGAGAACCACCCAGCAACUUUUGAAUAACAACAAUGAUGGAUCUUAUAAAGGAGUUGUACAUUCAGGAUCUUCUCAGUAUCAAGGCUCUAAUGGUAGAGGAUCUGGAAGUUACGUUGUAAAUUCAAACUUAGGACUUGAUGCUUACAACUUAUUGGGCACAAAUAAUAAUGACAAUGAAGGUUCUCACAAUGGGUUUUCAAACUACGAAUCAUCUCAGUAUCGAGGUUCCAGUAAUGGUGAAUCUGGAUCUUACAAUGGAGUUGAACACUCAGAAUCUUCUCAGUAUCAAGGCUCUAAUGGUAGAGGACCUGGAAGUCACAUUGUAAAUUCAAACUUGGGUCUUGAUGCUUCCAAUUUAUUGGUCACAAAUACCAACCAGCAGCUGUUGAAUAAAAAUAAUGACGGUUCCUACAAUGGGUUCUCGAACUUCGAAUCAUCCCGGUAUCAAGGCUCCAGUAAUGGUGAAUCUGGAACCUAUACUUCAAAUCAAAACUUGGGACUAGAUACAUCAAGUUUAUUAGACACCACUCAGCAUCACCUGAAUAGUGGAAAUCAAGGUUCGUACCAAGGAGGCAGCAGUUCAUAUAGUAAUUCGAUCAUAAGACAUGAUGGAGCUACUGCUUUUGAUGCAGGAACCUCGAGGGACAACUUGAACAUUAAAUCUGGUGUAUAUAAUUCUCUCAAUGCUGAAGUUGGUAGUGGUAUUGACGGUCAAGCAGGUCUGAAUACAAAUAACUUGAGGACGUAUUAUGCACAAGAUCAAGUCUCAGGUGGAGGAAAUCAACAAGUUUUGUUUUCUGAAAAUGAUCAUAUACUUGCCAAUCAAGGACUGGAUUCCACUGCUUUUGGAGGAAAAGAUUUUAGUCAACUGAAUUUCGAGAGUAAAUCUUUGGGUAACAUUGAUCUCCAUAGCAACCAUAUCCAGCAAGAAAAUGAUGCCUCACAUUAUCAGCACGGUGUCUCUGGAAAUAUCAAUAUAGUUGGUGGAGGUUACUCAGCUGUUGAAAAAUCGCACGUCCAAGUCAAUCAUAAUGGUGAGAAUAAUCUUGGUCUGGUUCAAACUACUGUGGCACCAGUAUCUAUCUCGACUUACCAUUCAGUGCCUACUCUCACUUCAGUUCCAGUAUCUAUUUCCACAUAUUCUCCAGUUCCGACAGUUACUGCAGUACCUGUACCAACGCUGAGUACCCCUACAGCAUUCGAGCAAUACAAUGGUGGUGUGAUAGCUAAUAUCCCACAGUUGCAGUACCAAGUUGGAAGAUCUGGGGUCUCUAAUAUCUCUUCUACCUUUGGCAACUUCUUUUCUAGCACACCAUCCAGUGUUUUCCUGUACAAUGAUCGUCAGAGAAAGUAUGGAGCAACAUCGAGUGGAGCUAAGAGUUACAACUACCAAUCCCACAUUCCUCAUGGAGUUGCUGGAAGUUUGGAGGUACAAGGCGUAUCUAGUACUCUCAGACCUGAAGUAGAUGUGUCACGAUCUGGAGGUUAUAUCUACAAUAAACCGAGCAUAGCUUUCGAAGAAACUCCCAAAAUCAAUACAUAUACACCCUCUUCAACAGUAACACCUAUCCAAUACUUGCAGCCACAAGUAUCUGUCCACUCAGUUACAUCAAAUUCCAACUCGAAUUACAAUGCCGAACAUAGAGAUACUGCAUUCCAGGGAUAUAGUUACGAAAAACCCUCAGUGACUUUCGAAGAGAAUCCUCUACCAAGAGUGACAACAUCAGCACCAAUCAUCACAGUGCAGCCUCAGGUACUAGUUUCUUCAACUGUGGCUCCUGUGGUACCUCUUCAACCAAUAACUCAUACAUAUAACCAGAACAUUCAAACUGGCGGCUAUCAAUAUCCUAAGCCAUCCAUAGCGUUUGUGGAACGUCCUUCGCAACCUGUUAUCAUAUCAAGAUUCAGCAUCAAAAAACCUGUUAUUCAAGAAACUUAUGCAAGGCCAACAGUUGCCGUGAAUACAUAUAGACAGGAAGUCGGAGAAGGCUAUCGCUAUGAAAAACCUUCUAUAUCAUUCGAAGAAAGACCAGUGAUUCAAUCUACAAUCCGACCAGUAGUACUGGAUUACCAGCAACCUAUAGGGAAAACUAGCUGGUCUUUUAAAGACGUCGUGCAGGCAGUCCAACCAGUCUCAACAUAUUUGCCAGUCACUGAAAGAUCUCAUGUAGUACAACAAACUAUCAAGCCUGUAGUAUCUACUUACUUACCGGCUACUGAGAGGCAAAUCUCAGUUCAACCAGCACGUCCAGCCAUUGUCUCUAGUUAUUUCCAUCAGGAACCAGCUGUGAGCAGUUACACUUUCAAAGAUGUUCUAACUCAGACCACUGCUAGACCUUUACAGCGAACUUACAGUUAUUCUACAAGUCCCCAACCGAUAGUAAUUCAGUCUACUAUCAGGCCUGCUGUCAAUUACCUUCCUGCAACAGAGAGACCUACUUUUGUUCAUAAGCAUGUCCUGGUUGAUAGACCAGUGUCCACUUACUCACCAGUUACUGAGAGACCAGUUGUCGUUCCCAGCUAUAACUAUAUUGCUUCAACUACAACAAAACCAGUUGUCGCCUAUACAUAUACCAGCCCUACACCUGCGCCAUAUGUACCUCAAAUCAUUUCUACAACACCAGCUCCCCAAAUUUCUGUACAGAGGCAGAAAAACGUAGAGUUCAGGGGCUAUAAUUAUCCUAGACCUUCAGUGUCUUUCGUCGAAGAACCAGUACCCUCAGUGGUAACGCAGGAGGUAAGACAGCCAAUAGAAGAAGUCCCAUUUGUCAAGAAAACUGCCUAUGUAACAGGAAACACCAAUGUGGUUAAUCCGAUCGUGAUAGAAAACUACCAAGCUGCUAAUUAUGAAAAGGUUAAAUCGAAAUUGUUCGGACAGUCAGUUGAUUCAAGUUCCAACAUAAACUUCGGUAUUUACGAAACUGUCAGUAGUACACCUGCCCCUGUACAACAGGUCUAUAUACAAUCUACUCCUCGACCAACAUACUCAUCGACUUUAGCUUCAGUAUUAGCUGCUAAAUCAGAGUCUGGUUCGGCAGAAUCUGACUUCCAAUACUACGAGAGUAGAUAUUCUUCUACACCCCGAACUGUUACUGAGGGAUACCUGUAUCCCAAGCCAACUGUUGUAUUUGAAGAGAAACCAGCUGCUCCGAGCAAAGAAUACCUUCCAGUGACUACCAGUAGACCCAUAGUGAGAUAUUCCUUCAGUUCUUUGGAUGACGAUUACCAAUAUGUUUCGACUGAAUCCACUACCGCUGUGCCGAGAGAAUACCUACCUGUGAGAAGCAGAGUGAGAGUGACCUCUCCUGUACCAACUUACGUAGUACCUGUCUCGACUGAAACCAGUACGCUUGCUCGGGAAUACCUACCAGUACGGUCUAGAGUGAGAGUAACUACACCUGAGCCCAGCUAUGUAGUACCUACAGUAACCAUUCCCUCUAGAGAAUAUCUUCCAGGAAGGUCGAGAGCGAGAAUAACCACUGCCAUACCAAAUAGAGAGUAUUUACCAGUGAAUUCCAGAAUAAGAGUUACAACAGACGGUGUGGAUUCUGAAAGUUUGGAGGUUUCUUCCAGGAGACCUGUCAAAGUGAUCAAGGUGGUAAGACCCAGAACGAAAACCAUCAUCAAACAAAACGACAUGCAUCCUAUUCUAUCAGCUAAGCUCGGAGCCCAAUGUACAUGUGUCUCAAAUACAGUUAACCUGAGGAAAAAACAAAGAAUAAUAGUAGUUGAAGAUGAUGAUGACGAGGAUGACGGUUAUGUAGUGAGCAAUGAAGAUCAAAGCGGUACUGUCAUAGAGAACUACGAGUACGAGCCACAAAGGGUUGUAGAUAUAACCCCCACGCCUGAAAUAUACGUACAGAGCACCACGAAUGGUAUCGUAGUACCCUCACCUAGCUACCCUGCCAACAGAAGAGUGAGGGUGAGGCCGUCGACCACUGUGGCUUACGAGUUGGAGGAAGACGAUGGUCCUUCUGAUAGACAGAUAGCAAAGGCUGUCCGGACCGGUUUGAAAUUGGUGAAACAGGCUGCCAAGGAAGGUGCCAAGGAAGGAGCUGAAGAAGCAAUUGCCAACUACAGCCCGAGAACUGGCAGCUCUAGAGAGGGCAUCGAAUGUCAAAGAGCUGGUCUUUUCAGGCAUCCCAAUCAAUGCAACAAGUUCUACUCUUGCAAGUGGGACUGCAAGAAGAAUAGGUUCACUCUCCACGUGUUCAACUGCCCUGUUCAUUUGACUUUCGAUAAUAAUCUUGGAGCUUGUAACUGGCCAAGCCAAGGUCCGGCUUGUAUGGAUGAUACUUUGCUUCCCAACGAAUAAAUACCUAUCGUAGUAAUAAGUGUGGUAGGUUUAGGGAAUAAUUUAUUGAUACCUGCAUUUUUCAUUUGCCAUUUAUUUAUUCCAUUUUAAUGUCAGUGUUUUUGUUUUGUUUCCAGCGUUAAAUAGUGUCAAACGUCUUCGAUAAAGGUUGUAUAUUUUUUUAUCUGUAAUAUAACAUAUUGUAUAGAAUAUUUAUAGAAUUAGAUUAGAUAUUAAAUUCAUCGUG